UAUAAAACUGACCGAGAGUCCAACCUAACGCAUUUUACAUUGUGUCAUCGACGACAGUAGACUACUCUGAUUUUAUCUGUUUUUAUUUACAUUAAUUUUAUAAAUUGUGCAGUGAUGGCUCCAAUCAAUGUUGACGUUGUGAACGGGAGCAAGGUCGAUUCUCCCGCUAAAAAGGCUCUGCCUGAAGUGGAAACUGAUACCAAUGGAAACGAACACAAAAGAUACUCGUAUGAAAUGUUGGUUGAGACUGCAAACUUCCUCCUAUCUAAAACUCCCGUGAGACCUAAAAUUGGUGUUAUUUGCGGCUCUGGGCUCGGUUCGUAUUGGAACGAGGGAUCUUUAGCAGAGACCAUAACAGAAGCACAGUGUAUUCCUUAUGAGGAAAUACCGAAUUUCCCCGUGAGCACCGUAGAGGGUCACUAUGGGAAGUUGGUGUUUGGUCGUCUCGGUGAUGUUCCAGUUGUUGCCAUGCAGGGUCGCUUCCACUAUUUUGAAGGUUAUCCGCUUUGGAAGUGCUGUUUACCAGUCCGAGUCAUGAAACUUCUCGGAGUGCAAACGUUGAUUGCCACUAAUGCGGCCGGUGGCCUUAAUCCUAACUAUAAGAUUGGAGAUCUGAUGAUAGUAAAAGAUCACAUCAACAUGAUGGGUUUCGCUGGAAACAACCCAUUGCAUGGCCCGAACGACGAAAGAUUUGGACCAAGAUUCCCUCCAAUGAAUAAGGCGUACAGAUUCGAAUACAGAAAAAUUGCUAAAGAGGUGGCAAAAGAACUAAACAUUGACAAUAUUGUAAGGGAAGGUGUGUAUACUUGCCUAGGCGGACCAAACUUUGAAACUGUAGCUGAAUUAAAUAUGUUGAAAAUGGUCGGAGUUGACGCUGUAGGGAUGUCUACGGUACACGAGGUAAUCACAGCUAGACAUUGCGACAUGAACGUGUUUGGUUUGUCCUUGAUUACGAAUGAAUGCGUAACGAGCUAUGAUCUAGAUGCAGAAGCUAAUCACGAAGAAGUACUAGACGUAGGACGCAUGCGACAGGAAAUACUCCGCAAAUAUAUAACAACAUUAGUCGAUAGAUUUGCAAAGGUCAUGAAAGUACAAAACCCUUGAAAACUGAACAUGUCAAAAUUUGGUAUCUCAGCACCGAAAAAUAGAACAUAUAAAACUGUUUUCACCAAAAACCGUACCAAAAUGUGUAAUUUUUUUUAAAAAAAAAAGUACUUUUAAAGAUAGAGCAAAAAGUCCAUACAUAUAAAAAUGUGUAACAGUUGUUAUCCUUUGUAAUAUGAUGUCAGCGUCUGUUUUCAGAACAACUAAGUUCUAAGAAACCUCAGUAGAAAGUACCUACGUAGGUAACUCUGCAAAUCCACCAUCAAUAUUAUGUAUUUUAGUGGUUUCCAGGAUAAUUAGAAAAUUAGACCUAUUUCUAAUAUACGAAAUAAAUCGCGGAAACAUUGAAUUUCUUAUAAGAAUAUGACCAUAGAAUGAAACGUAAGCUAGGUUUUAAAUGUAAAUAGUUAUUUAAGAAGCGAUUAAAGGCGUUUUAAUUAUGAACUCA